AGAUCAGAAUAACAUCGAACCGACUGAGCUUGAUGUCGCUAAGACCUUUGAACUUAGACCGUACGCUCAACAUACUAGGGAUUUAAUAUGCUGGAGUGGUUGAUUGACUUAGCUACCUACUUAAUUGACAGUUGUAGGUUGCCGCAGAAACUUCAAAUUAAAUGAAUCGAGUUUCAUAAGGUUAUUAUUUGAAUUAGGUACGAUGUCAACAUCUUGUGGUGCGAAUUGCCAUUGAGUUGCAGACACCCAACCGAAGAUCGCUUAACAGCGAAUGAACGACCAUUUUGACCUCAAAAAUAAACAGAAAAAAGAUCAAGGUCAGACAUAAAAUAUUACGGACCCGGCAUAGAAUUAAUCGGGUAAAUAAUAAAAUUAUUACGCAAACUAUGAUGCAGUUAAUUGAAUCAAUUGAUAGUGCCAAGACAUGAGGCGUUUGUGGGGUGCAUAUGGUCUGGACGUCAUAGCCGUGUAACCAGUACGUCAUAGCCUCCUCAUAUAUUAGACCCCGAAAACCAGGUUGAGGUUGUUUCUUAACAAUACUUCGUACCAGUUAUCACAUGGGUUAACUACUUCAUCCACAAUAUACCAACAUGGCAGAGCAAGAUCGCUACGGAGGUUGGUUUGGCGGGAACAAAGCCGACAAGGUGCAAAACAAGGUGGAGCAGGCCGUUCCCAAGGCUUCUGGUGCUGAACAAGACCGCUUCGGUGGUUGGUUUGGAGGGGAUAAGGUAGAUAAGGUGAAAGACGCCAUACCACGAGACUUCCGCCAGGGCUCAGGAGCGGAACAAGAUCGCUAUGGACGAUCCUUCGGCGGAGACAGGCUUGACCGGAUCGGCGAUAAAAUUCCACAAGUUUCAGGCGCUGAACAAGAUCGGUAUGGUCGAUGGUUCGGCGGAGACAAGCUCCCUUCCAGAGCAGAUAUCGAAAGGAGACUACCUAAGACGUCAGGAGCUGAGCAAGAUAGAUACGAGCAUUGGUUUGGUGGGGAUAAACUACCUACUAGAACCGACAUCGAGAGACGACUCCCACAUACCUCAGGGGCUGAACAAGAUAGGUAUGGACGGUGGUUUGGAGGGGAUAAGGGAUCGUCCGCUGCCGGCAAGGUGAAUGAAAGCUUGCCGUCAGGUUCCGGCGCUGAGCAAGACCGUUACGGAUCCCACCUCCAACCCGGACAGCCUAUCAAUAUCAGGCUUGGUGGUACAUCGUCAGCUCUUGGGCUCAUCCAACAUGCGAUAAUACCAUCCUUUGGUUUCAACAGUGGCCUCAGUCUCAUCGCGUACGGCAUAGCUCGUUAUAGCGACAGGGUUGAAGUCAAGGAUCUAGUGUGGCCUGGCGCACAAGUCGCUAAUGCUUGGUGGAGUGCUGUGGGAGGUCCUUUAGUAUACGAUGGAGUGCCUCUCUCAACCGCCUGGUCCGCUUUAUCGUAUAGUCAAAAAUUGCUUCUCACCGGUGUUAGCGCCUGGGGAACUCGUCUUUUCUACCGCGUAGCAUCACGUGCGCUCCGACGAAGCAAAGACGACCCCCGAUAUGAGACAGCCGAUCGGAAGGACCCAGGGUUCUGGAAUAAGGCGUACUUCACCAAGUUCCUGCCCGAGGCUUUCAUAAUAACUUUGACCUCUUUACCUUUCACGCUGCCAUUCCGUGCUCCGGUCGCUAGCGCCCUUGCUUCCCCCUUCCCUGAAGCUUCGUCGAUCACACACAGCCUUGCGAUUUUCUUGUUUACCGCCGGCUUCGCUCUGGAGACCCUAGCUGAUUCUCAACUUGAAUCCCACAAACAGAAAGGGAACACCGAAGUCAACCGCGACGGUGUGUGGAGCAUCGUUCGACACCCCAACUACCUUGGUGAUAUUCUAUGUCAUCUUUCAUUCCCUCUCUUCCUCUACAGUGCCGGCCAAUUGCACCCACUCGCUCUUCUUGGUCCUAUUGUCAACUACGUGUUCCUCCGCUUCAUCGGAGGAGACAGGGAGAACGAACAGGCCCAAGAAAAGCGCUAUUCCAAGGGAAACCCUGUCAAGUUCCAGCAACUUCAGCAGUACAAGCAAACCAAGAACAGCUUCUGGCCCCGCCUAAGCGAGGCGAGCAACAAGUGGGUGUGGACUGUCGCGGCAAUUGGUGCCGGCGGCGUCGCUCUCGAGCGAUCGCUAUCCAGUAUUCUUGGAUCCUAAACUUAUAAAAUAUUAACUAAAUAAAUGACUAUAUUUUUCAAUUGUCCAA